AUGGCAGCCCUCCACCUGGGUCGAAUCGUUAAGGGCAGCACCUGUGGAGAUCCAGCCUUUGAUCAGCUGUCGCUGGAUGUGUUGCGACAAUUGGCCAAUAGCGGGACGCUUCUCCGUAGCAGCUCUCAGCGGGCGUCAUACUGCGCAGCCAAAGUGCCUGCGCGCGUCACACUGCGUUUGCCAUGCUGGGCUGACAGGCCGAAAAUGCGAAGGGGACAACAAGUCUUUCGAGAUCAUGGCUUUGACUUUUUCUGUGCUUUCGAGAUAGCGCUCAUCUGGGGAUGCCGCGUUGAUCGUUUCGCCGACGUCUUGGUGCGCAGUGGCUACACCUCCUCGCCGAAGAGCGCCUUCCGUCGCUUCCAUGAGACGUUGCGGCAUGUGUUGACCUGGUGCUGCGAUGAGGGCCUGGCAGUCGAUGAUGUCUCCGAGACAACUCAGUCCAUCUUAAAGGUUCGCGCCAUGCAUGCGUUGGUGAGGCGUCGAUGUCGAGAUGGACAUGCGGAGAUGCCGAUUUCUCAAUAUGAUUUGGCUUUCACUCUGAUGGCCUUUGGGAUCAUCUCCUUGGACAUCGUUCUCAACGGUUUUCAGCGCUCACUGAGCGACCAAGAAAUCGACGAUUGGUUGCACCUGUGGCGCGUCUUGGGGAACCUUCAUGGGAUUCUGGAUGAAUUCAACCCCUGCAACGACGUGAAUGAUGCUGCUGGAAUUCUACAGGACAUCAACGAGCUCUUCUACUUCGCAGCCGAGGGAUUUCAAGGCGGACACGCGCGGAACUUGACUUUGGCCGUGUGCGAAGGCUUCAGCACCUGGGGCAAGGGCUUGGGGGGCCAUCUGCUGGGAGCCAUGUUCCUACGAAGCCUUCGUGCCAAGAGGUUUAUCUCCAGUGAGAGCAUUGAGUGGAUACCUUUUGGACAAGCAUUCUUCGAAGAACACCAUGGAAACGCAUCGCUGGCAUGUCGAGGCCAGCACAUUGCUUGCGCACUCAUAGAUUUGGUUAUCAGUGUUCUCUCUCAGCGCCCUUCUUUGGAUCGGGCCUUCCAACGUGGCUACUUCUACCUCCUGCGCUGGGCGGUGGUACAACGAAACAUUCCCAUGAUGGAGACCGAAAUGAUCGUGAGGUGUUUGAGCUUCUUCAUUGACCUAAUCUUCAAACUGCUCGCCCUGCUAACCUGCGGAGCCAUCGACAACGUGUGCAUCAGCAGGAAUCGCUGCGAAUGCAGACGUGAAGUGCACUUCAGGCAAUGGCAAGAACACCUGGAUGGAUUUCGACACAUCGGGCCGUCUAGUGACCUCACGUGCUUGACUUUGCCAAGACUGUUGCGGAGUUGCUACAGAAACCCAGGUAUCGCCCUACUGGUUCUGGUGGCAUUCUUCACAUGUACCAAGACUUCAUGCCUGCGGAUCGGCUUUUAA